CUCCAAAUAGCAAACAAACAUGGCCGCGUACAGUAAGUUGACGGCUAGAAAUUCAGCCGUCGCUACAGCUGGUUUAGCGGCCGCUUACUUUGCAUACAGAAACUAUCUGGCCAAGAAAAGGAAAAGAACUCCAAAAGAAGAAAUCAAAGUAGUGAUACAUGAGUCUGGGUCUGCUAGAAAAGAACGAGCCGCAGUUGAUGCUGUCUUCUUCAAGAGACUGCUGAACAUCCUGAAAAUUCUCAUUCCUGGUUGGUUUGUCUCGGAGACAUGGUAUUUGUUACUGGUAGCUGUGUCUCUGAUCAGCAGGACCUAUGCAGAUGUCUGGAUGAUACAAAACGGCACAGCCAUAGAAAGUGCAAUCAUUGGUCGCGACAUGUCAUUAUUUAAAGUCCAUUUGUUCAAGUUCAUCUAUGCCAUGCCAGCCAUCUCUAUCAUAAACAAUUGUUUAAAGUAUGGAUUAAAUGAACUAAAACUGAAGUUCCGUAUACGACUCACGAAGCACCUGUAUGACAGAUAUCUCAGGGGCUUUACGUACUACAAAAUGAGUAACCUGGAUAAUCGUAUUGCCAAUGCUGACCAGCUGUUAACUCAGGAUGUAGACAAGUUUUGUGACUCAGUGGCUGAGCUUUACUCAAAUCUCAGCAAGCCCCUUUUAGAUGUAGUUCUGUACACAGCCAAAUUAACAGGCAGUAUAGGAGCUCAGGGCCCUGCUGUCAUGCUUGGAUAUUUAGUAAUAUCUGGUCUAAUUCUUACAAGAGUUAGAAGACCAAUAGGAAAGUUGACGGUUCAGGAACAGAAACUUGAAGGAGAGUACAGAUAUGUUAACUCAAGGCUCAUCACUAACAGUGAGGAAAUUGCAUUUUACCAGGGAAAUCGUCGAGAACAAACCAUUAUACUAGCAACAUUUGAUAAACUAGUAACACAUUUAAAAGAUUUCAUCUUUUUCCGAUUACAAAUGGGAUUUGUAGACAACAUUAUUGCCAAAUACAUCGCUACUGUUUUUGGUUACCUGGUGGUCAGUCGACCUUUCCUUGACCUUGCCCACCCACGCCAUCUAAACAGCUCACACAGUGAGAGACUUGAGGAUUACUACAAGAGUGGCAGAAUGUUGGUACGGAUGGCAGAAGCUAUUGGUCGAAUCGUACUAGCAGGAAGAGAAAUGACCAGAUUGGCGGGGUUUACUGCUCGUAUCACAGAACUAAUCAAGGUACUGGAUGACAUCAGCAGGGGGCAUUAUGAGAGGACCAUGGUGUCUGAUCAGAGCGGAGGAAAAGAGAAAGUUUCCAGCAAUUUCAAACCAGGGGAUGGGAAAAUUGUCAUCAAAGAUUAUAUCAUUAAAUUUGACAAAGUUCCACUAGUGACUCCCAAUGGAGAUGUUCUUCUACAGGAAAUGAGUUUUGAGGUGAAAUCUGGAGAGAAUGUGUUAGUUUGUGGACCAAAUGGCUGUGGUAAAAGCUCUCUGUUCCGAGUUCUAGGAGAGCUUUGGCCGCUAUUUGGAGGAACUAUGACCAAACCAGAAAAGGGGAAGCUGUUUUAUGUCCCACAGAGGCCGUAUAUGACCGUGGGCACUUUGAGGGAUCAGGUCAUUUACCCAGACUCCCACGAGGAACAGAUCAAGAAGGGAACCAAAGACUCUGAUCUCCUGGAAAUACUCAACAAGGUCCAGUUGGGAUACAUUUUAGAGAGAGAAGGGGGAUGGAACUCUGUACAGGAUUGGAUGGAUGUCCUCAGUGGAGGAGAAAAACAACGAAUAGCUAUGGCCCGCCUGUUUUAUCAUCGCCCUCAGUUUGCCAUUUUAGACGAGUGUACGAGCGCUGUCAGCGUCGAUGUAGAGGGAUAUAUGUACCAGUACUGUAAAGAGGUGGGAAUUACUUUGUUCACAGUUUCACACAGGAAGUCAUUAUGGAAACAUCAUGAGUAUUAUUUGAAAAUGGAUGGCCGUGGAACGUAUGAAUUUGGAGAUAUUACUUCAGAGACAACUGAAUUUGGGUCUUAACUGUGAUAUAAACUUAGGAAAUCAUUUCAUGAUCAGGAACUAAUUUUUAUUGAUCAUAUACUGUUUUUUUUUAAAUUUGUGAUUAACUUAUAAAAAUGAAGGUAUGUUUUUAUGUGUUGAAAUAGAAUUUUAACAUAUGAAGUUUAUGGGUUGUCAAUACAGAUUUUAUAAUGGCUAUACUUGACAAUGACAACAUCAGAUUUACAUGUAUUUAGCCUUUUUCCAUUUGUGGGAAUGUCUGUACUUUUCCCAUUCUACAGAUUUUCUAUAUGUUUCUUGUGGUAUUUUUAUAAUGAAAAUUAAAGAUACAAUAAUUUGAACUGAAUAGUUUCCAAAUAUUAGAAGGAAAAGUAGAAUUUUCAGAAAUAACUUGUACAUUGUAUGUACAAUUAUAUAUCAAACUGCUUCAUAAUUCUAAAGCACUGUACCUCUCAAAUGUCUUCAAAAAAUUAAUCUCAUUUGACUUGACUGAUCCUUUUAUGGAAAGAAUGUGCAGUAAUUUGCAUAAUACAUAUGUACAUACAUGUAUAUUUGUACAAUUUAAAAACAGAAAGCAUGUGUUUGAAAACCGGUAAAUUAUUAAUAAAUCAUCAUAAACCAGAAGAAU